AAUAAAAAUAUUAUUUCCGCCUCGCUCUCCCUCCCGUCACCCCGCGGCCCCGCCCCACGAUUUCUUUCUUUUCCUCUUCUCCUUCCCCGCUUCUAUGUUGCGCCGUCGCCUAUCUCCCAAACACGAAGUCUGCCGCCGCCCGCUGGAACAUCUGGGUUUAUGUGUUUGAAUUGAAUUGAGUUGAGGAUUCUCAGUCCGAGGUCGACUGAUAAUCAUGGCGGAACCAAUCCAAGUCGACGCAAGCUUCCCGUUAUUUUCCAGGAAAAAGAAGAAAAAGGAAUCCGCCCAAGUAAUCACCGCCGAUCAGAAACCUCCAUUCUCGGAACAUGCUGCCGCCGCCGCCUCAAAAGUACUCGAAAAGGAACUCAACCCCAAUCCAACACCAGCCCACGUGACGUUCGCCGACCUCGGCCUUGCCGAGUGGUGCGUCAAUACCUGCAAGGAGCUCGGGAUGAAGAGGCCAACUCCCGUCCAGCACCACUGCAUCCCCAAAAUCCUUGCCGGACAGGACGUGAUGGGUCUGGCUGAGACUGGAAGUGGCAAGACGGCGGCUUUUGCGCUUCCUAUUCUCCACCGUCUCGCGGAAAAUCCAUUCGGUGUGUUCGCACUUGUUGUCACUCCGACUCGGGAACUGGCUUACCAGUUGGCCGAACAGUUUCGGGCCCUCGGCUCGGGCUUAGGAUUGCGGUGCUCCGUGAUUGUGGGUGGUAUGGAUAUGAUCAAUCAGGCGCAGAGUUUGAUGCAGAGGCCGCAUGUGGUAAUUGCGACUCCUGGAAGGAUUAAGGUUCUUAUUGAGGAGAAUCCUGAUAUUCCUGCUGUUUUCUCCAAUACCAAGUUUUUAGUCUUGGAUGAAGCGGACAGAGUGUUGGGUGUUAACUUUGAAGCAGAAUUAAGAGUUAUUUUCCAGUGCUUGCCAAAGAAUAGACAAACAUUACUAUUUUCUGCAACGAUGACUAGCAAUUUACAAGCAUUGCUUGAACUUUCUGCAAAUAAGGCAUAUUUCUAUGCUGCAUACGAAGGGUGUAAAACUGUGGAAUCUCUGAGGCAGCAGUAUGUCUUUGUACCCAAGUAUGUGAAGGAUGUGUAUUUAUUACACAUAUUAAACAAAAGGGAAACAAUGGGAGUUCGAUCUACAAUUAUUUUUGUUUCAACCUGCAGGGGAUGUGAGCUUCUGAGUUUGUUGCUUGAACAGCUUGAUUUAAAUGUUGCCUCGUUGCACUCAUACAAAUCCCGGUCUUUGAGGCUUUCUGCGGUACAUAAGUUCAAGUCCGGACAGGUCCCUGUUUUAAUAGCAACUGAUGUUGCCAAUCGUGGUCUAGAUAUACCAACUGUGGAUCUAGUAAUAAAUUAUGACAUCCCUAGGUAUCCGGAGGACUAUAUUCAUCGUGUUGGACGAACUGCAAGAGCUGGAAGAGGAGGUCUUGCUGUUAGCCUUAUUACCCAGAAUGACAUUGAGCUUGUACACAAAAUAGAAGCUGUUGUUGGAAAACAAAUGGAUAAGUUUGAGUGCAAGGAAAAGGAAGUUCUUGAUGAGAACAUCACACGGGUCACUAAGGCUAGACGUGUAGCAACUAUGAGGAUGGCUGAUGAUGGGUUUGAGGAGAAAGCCAAAGCAAGAAAAGCUCAGAAAUUGAAGACGUUAGAAGAAAAAGGGCUAUUGAAGAAGAAGAACAAGAACAAGAGUAAGAAACGGAAGAGAGAAAAAUCUGCACAAGAAUUUAAAAACUGAAGUGUGUUCUUCUAAAAGGAGACGAGACGAGACGAGAGGCUCACACUUUUGGGGAUUAUGAUUUGUUGGUAGCAUAUAUAUAUAUAUAUAUUAUAUAUAAUUUAUUAUUUUCCUUUUAGAUGUUUUUUUUCACUCUUUUUGCAUUGGGAUGGGCAGCUAUGGAGCUUGAAAAGCUUCUUGGAGAAAAUUAAAUGUAUUCAAAAUUGUCUUUGAUGUAUUUUGAACAGAACAGAGAAUUUUUACACAUACGAAUAGAUUACUUUAUAGUCU